AUGCCCAAUUAUGUGAAGUUCUUGAAGGAUAUUUUGACAAAGAAGAGGAGACUGGGAAAAUUUGAAAUGGUUGCUUUGACAGAAGGUUGUAGUGAUAUUUUGAAGAAUAAAAUUCGACCUAAGUUGAAGGAUCUAGGCAGCUUCAUAAUUCCUUGUUCUAUUGGUGGUAGAGAUGUUGGUAGAACCCUUUGUGAUUUGGGGGCUAGUAUUAAUAUGAUGCCUAUGUAUAUUUUCAAGAAGUUUAGAAUCAGAAAAGCAAGGCCAACCACUGUCACUUUGCAAUUAGUGAACCUUUCUAUGGCACAUAUGGAAGGAAAGAUUGAAGAUGUGCUAGUGCAAGUUGAUAAAUUUAUUUUUCUGGCAGAUUUUUUUAAUCUUAUUUAUGAAGAGGAUAGAGAUGUUCUAAUCAUUUUGGGGAGGCCAUUUCUUGCUACCCGAAGGACUUUGAUAGAUGUGAAAAAAGGAGAGCUUGAGGGUGAAUGA